CGUUGUUCUCUGUCCUCUCAGAGCGAGUGCGGGACUGCGCCUCAGGAAGUGGGGCUCAGAGCUACGAGUUUGGAUGUGUUUCUGAAAGGUUAUUGCUUUUCCAACAUGAUGUAGUGUUGGACUUCGCUGCAACACAUCUUUACUCAGAACUAUUAAAGGCACUGGAGACCUGGCAGAGUAAGAAAAAACCAGUGGGAACGGUAGACUUUGUCGUGAUUACCCAGGAUCACUUCAGAGGUGUAUGUGCAUCACGUGAGUAUCAGUUGAUUUCUCAGCGGUUAGCUACACAUAACCACGUGUGACUGUGAACUGACCCCAUAGCGCUUGAAGUACUGUGAGAGCUCGGGGCUGAUCUGCGAGAUUUCAGGCGCUCAGUGCAGUCAAGAGCCGGCGAACACGAAUGUGUGAACCAAGCACAGAGGAGCCACCCUUCGCGAGCGGUGAAGGAAAGAUGCUCUGAGUUCCGGCGAGCACCGGGUAUCAUCAGUGCGGGUGUCCCAAGGUUGAAUCUAGACACGGAGAUAUGUUCGGGGGCUAAGCCCUGCCCUGGCUUUGACUCAGGCCAACCCCUGGACUAAUAGAGCACCACGCCUCUAAUCAUACUGCCGGUACUCCCCGUCUAGGGAGGCGUGUGAUGCCUGGAAGAGGGGCGGAAACAGACGGCUACGCCGCCACAGUCGAACGCAGCAGGCGAGGGAAGAGACGUUCUACUCAACUGAAAACUUCUCAGCUAGCCUGUGCUGCGAUUUGUAGCUGCCGUCGAGUUAAGCCGAGCGUAGGUGGCAUCGACCGCUGGCAGGCGCAGCGCGGCUGCUGGAUCCUGGGGUCAGCGUGGCCAGCCUGCUGUUGAACCAAUGGGCUGGGCUGACUCCGGGCUCACACUGCCCCCUGCGGAGGCAGAUCUCCACGCAGAGCGCAGCCUGCUCUUCACCCGCACCGCUACCAGCCGGCGGGAGCCGAGCGGACUAUGCUAGAGUCCUCGAUCCCGGGGAAGUGGCGGGAUCUGCCCGGUGAUCGCUCGAUCCUGACCCGGGAGGGGGCUGGUGUUUUGGGCUGCAGGAAGAGAGAGCUCCCUGCUUGGGCAGGAGGAGCCCGCCGCCGCCAGAGCGCUGGGAACCGCCACCGCUGCUUGGAGAGGCGGGCAUGCGGGGGGCUGGCUGUUGGCUUCCUGGGCAGCCGUCCUCAAUAUGGUCCUCGACUUCAACGGCACCAGCAGCUGCCCCCUCCUCUCCAACCCCCUGCGCUGCUUCGCGCCGGAGGCUCCCCGGCAGCUGGGCAGCGGAGGCUCCGGCAGCGUGAGGAUGAUUUCUGGCUCUUUGAAUCCGCCCCGCUUAGGGAUAGGCGGGAAGCUCUUGCCAGGGGUCACCGCCAGCCCCGGAGGAGGCGGUGGUGGUAGCGGCGGCAGCAGCCCCAGCCCGGGCUUUGGCGACGCUGGCAAUGACACGCAGUGCGGGGAACAGAUCCUGAGCUACGGCAACGUGGAGAAAGUGGUGAUCGGGGCCAUCCUGUCGCUCAUCACCUUGCUGACCAUCGCCGGCAACUGCCUGGUGGUGAUCUCCGUCUGCUUCGUCAAGAAGCUCCGGCAGCCCUCCAACUAUCUUAUUGUUUCGCUGGCCCUGGCAGACCUCUCGGUGGCCGUGGCCGUCAUGCCCUUUGUCAGCGUGACUGACCUCAUCGGCGGCGAGUGGAUCUUCGGGAGCGUCUUCUGCAACGUCUUCAUCGCCAUGGACGUGAUGUGCUGCACCGCCUCCAUUAUGACCCUCUGCGUGAUCAGUAUCGACAGGUAUCUUGGGAUCACUAGACCUCUCACCUAUCCUGUAAGGCAGAAUGGGAAGUGUAUGGCUAAAAUGAUCCUUUGUGUGUGGCUGCUGUCUGCUUCAAUUACUUUGCCACCUCUCUUUGGGUGGGCUCAAAAUAUUAAUGAUGACAAAGUUUGUUUAAUCAGCCAAGACUUUGGUUACACGAUUUAUUCCACUGCGGUUGCAUUCUACAUCCCCAUGUCAGUGAUGCUUUUCAUGUACUAUCAGAUCUACAAGGCCGCCAAGAAGAGUGCAGCCAAGCACAAGUUUGCUGGUUUCCCACGGCCAGAAGAAAACGAAGGAAUAGUUUCAGCAAAUGGCAUCGCAAAACUACACAAGGAAUCGGAAGAGUGCACAAAUUUUUCACGGCUGCUGAAGCAUGAACGGAAAAACAUUUCCAUCUUCAAGAGAGAGCAGAAAGCUGCCACCACCCUUGGGAUUAUUGUAGGGGCCUUUACUGUAUGCUGGUUACCAUUUUUCAUACUUUCCACUGCUAGACCCUUUAUCUGUGGGACGUCUUGCAGUUGUAUCCCACUGUGGGUUGAGAGGACAUUUCUCUGGUUGGGUUAUGCAAACUCUCUUAUUAACCCCUUUAUAUAUGCCUUCUUCAAUCGGGACCUGAGGACAACCUAUCGCAAUCUGCUGCAAUGCAGAUAUAGGAAUAUCAACCGUAAGCUAUCGGCCGCAGGCAUGCAUGAGGCCCUGAAGCUUGCUGAAAAGCCAGAGUUUGUUCUGAGGAGCUCUGAUUACUCAAGAAAAAAGAGCCAUGACUUAUGACUGGAUGCAAACGAAACAAGUCAUAUAUUGACAAAGCCCUGCUGGGCAAGGGACAGCACUGAAGAUUCAAUCCACAAGGAGGACCUGAUGGGUUAAUGAAAUACACGGGAUCCUCUUUGGAAGGGAGCAUUGUAAAGAAAGUCAAUGAGCCUGGUAUAUUGUAUUAAAUGUACUUCUGCUGAAUAUAGUGACAUCUCUUUUUAUCUCUCUUUUUUUAAACUGAACCAAUGACCAUUGUGUACAAAUAAACUGUUUUUUCGUUUGUUUGUUUAAAGGUGCUGCUGGUGGGGAAACAAACUGCAUUAGCAAUAAGCAGUUUGAUGCAUGACAGAAAUGGCAAGGGGGAUGCCUCUCAAGUAUGCCUUAUUGGGUGGAACAUUCUGAUGUUGUCCCGCGCAACCAUUGGCUUUCCAACCUGUCCCUGCUAAUUGUCCUUGGAAGUUUUUUUUUUAAACCUUUCAACAAGAGCAGGCAAUAUUUUGCCACAUGGGUGGGUGUUGAGGUUUCGUUUUCAUGGAGAAACAACCAAGAGGCAUGCAAUGGAAGCAGAAUAAACCAUAUAGAGGAAUUGGAGCCUGAGCAGCUUUCCAUCAAUCAGUGGAAAUUACAGAGACCACUUUGUUACAACUUUUUGGUCAUUUGUUUCUGACAAAAAAGGCAGGUAUCAACACAGCUUUAGUUUAUUUUCUACACUUUUCCUCUCAGCUUCUUUUUUGUUCACUUCCUUUCCAACUUGUUCCUCUUCCUUUUGCUCAGCAUCAUGGGAAGUGUAAUCACCAUCAGAUUUAUAUAGAUAAGCUUUCUUGGAAGUCUAUGAUUUGCAGAUUUGUCCCUUAGUUUGCAAAUACAAACAGGAAAGAAGCAGCAAAUAUUCAGGAAGGGACUAUGACGCAGAAUGAAUUUUGCAGGGCUGUUAAACAAUGUUUUUCAAGCAAAGGAUUAUAUUUGUGACUAUGCAUUCCACUGCAAGGUGCAAAAUAUUUUGGGGCUGGCUCCAAUAUACAGAAAAUUAUCCAAGCUUAUCUCAUUGAAAAGAUACAGCAUAAUCCUAAAUCCAAUUUACGCUCUGGUAAGUAUGUUUAGGCUUGCAACCGUAUAGCCAAAGUAGAUGUGACUGUGUGUAAAGUUUAUGUUUUUUAAAAAAAAGCUGCUGCAGAGGGAGCAGAACCGAAACUCUAGUGAUGGGAGUUUAGUUGCCCUUCCCAUCCCCACAAUAUAGUCAAAAAUUCUCCCAAGACUACCAAUAGCCCUGGAAUGGAAACUUACAUUUGAAGAUUUUUGUCAAAACUGCAAUGGGAGAUGGAAAUUUUAAAAUCCCUGGGCACCACAGUUCUGAUCUUGCUUGAGCAACCCCCCAUGGCAAAUAUUUAAAUUGUUUAAAAUAUACACAUAAUUGCUUAGAUGCAAUUAACAUCACAUCUAGUUUGACCCUUGGCCAUUGACUAACUUGUCCUGUUGAUUUCCUUUGGGCCUUAGUGCAACUAAUAUUAAACUGGUUUGCACAUAAUGCCAAGCCAUGAGCUCCUGAAAAGGUGAUUGUGACUGCUUUGCUCUGUAUCAUGAUCCUGCUGCUUCACUGCUAUGAGCUAAGCCAUGGUUUGACUUAUUGUUUCAUCUGAACCCAAGUUCACAGUUUGUAUUGCUCUAGAUAAACCACGAGCUGUAACCAGUUUCUUUUUGGGUUUACAGCUCAUGGUUUGUCUGGAGGAGCCAAACCAUGAGCCUGAGUUCAGAAGACAAACCAUAGCUUAGCUCCAGGUAGUGUGGCCACAAGAGAACCAAGGGAGGAGUGCAAGAGCACUCAUGCUCACACACUUGUACAUGGUUUGGCUUAGUGUUAUGUGCAAACCAACUCAUUUUUAGUACUGGGUUCAAUGUCUGGCUGAAGUAAAAGGGGCAAAUGGAUAAAAGUAAGGUGUUGAGCUUUCGUUAAAAGUGGUCAUUGUAUGGUCCAAAAUGGUAAAACCAGUUGUCUUUAACAUAGAAGGUGGUUUAAAUGGGAGAUAGUGGAUCACUGAACUUUUUAGGAAAAUAUAGGGCUACAGUGAAUUGGUUGCUGAUUGUUCAAUAAGCAAAAACAACAUAUUAAACACAACCCUUAAUUUAUGUGUCUGCUAUCCUAUUUUAAUGUUAUUUUGGGGUGUAUUAAAAUGUGUUAAUAAAUUAUAUGA